CUCACUUGAAGAGAAACAUCCACUAAUGAGCAGUCAAGAAGACGGACACUCAAUCCCAGAGAGAAAGGAAACUGUCGCGCCUACGCCACAGAACACACCACUCAACGCAGCACCACUCGGUCGCGAGGGCUACUCGAGACCGACAGUAGCUGCUAUCGGCGAGGAUGAGGCUGGCGAAUCCUCAGCAGCAGCCAAUUUACCUGUCGGCGCACUCCAGCAAUUAAUGCAAGGUCGUCUUGCGGGUUUGGUUGGCAAAUCAUCCGGUUACAUCGAGUCUCUACCAGAGGAGGUUAAGCAGCGCGUAGCAGCAUUAAAAGCUUUGCAAUCAGAUCACAAUAAGAUUGAAUCAGAAUUCCAAAAGGAGAUUCUCGAAUUGGAGAAGAAAUUCGCUUUACGUUAUGAACCAAUCUACGAGCGUCGUAAAAUGCUCAUCGCAGGUGAACAAGAACCUUCCCCAGAGGAGCUUAUCAAGGGUGAGGAAAUAGACAAAGAGGAUGGCUUCCAAUUUGAAGGCCAACCAGAGCCAGAGAAGAAGGAACUUGGAGAUGUUAAGGGUAUCCCUCAAUUCUGGCUCACCGCUUUGCAGAACCACCCUGGUAUUGCGGAUGUCAUUAGCGACCGUGAUACUGAGGCUUUGGAGCGUCUGACUGAUAUCAGAUUGGCCUACCUCCCUCAACCAGGUUCAGAAGACAAGCAAGCAGGCUUCCAAUUGACUUUCCACUUUGGAGAGAAUGACUUUUUCAGCAAUUCCGCACUCACAAAGAACUACUACUAUCAAGAUGAGGUCGGUUACACCGGCGAUUUCGUCUACGACAGAGCUGAGGGCUGUCAAAUUAACUGGAAGGGCGAAGAUGGAGAGAAAGAUCUCACAAAGCGUAUUGAAGUUAAGAAGCAACGCAACAAGAACACUAACAGAACUAGAGUCGUCAAGAAGGUCGUCCCGGCUGAUUCAUUUUUCAACUUUUUCAACCCACCAAAACCACCACAUGCACGUACAGAAGAAGAGGAGGACGAUGAAGAUGAGCUUGAAGAGCUCGAUGAGAGGUUAGAAAUCGACUUCUCUUUAGGCGAAGAGUUAAAGGAGAGAGUUAUACCACGUGCAGUCGACUAUUUCACUGGAAAAGCACUCGAAUUCACCAACAUGGAGGAUGACGAUGACUUUGAAAGUGAAGACGAGGAUGAAGAUGAAGAUGACGAUGAUGAAGACGCACCUUCAGCUCCUCAACAAGCUGACGGUGGCGAGUGUAAGAACCAAUAAACAACUUGCAUACAACUUUCAUCCACAAUAAAUAAUCAAAACUGACACAAAAUAUUUCUUUUAAUGAAUCUUCGAACCAGUUUUUAUUCAUUUCAUUUUUCUCGGCUUCCUAU